AUGAAUUAUAAGGUCUCGACCUCUUUUUUAAAUAGUUGUUUUCGCUCAAAUUUAGGAAAAUUUAAAAUGAGAACCUAGAUAUUAAUUAUUAACGGCAUAAUAUUGGCAAUAAUAAUUCCUUCAAUCAUUUUGACCUAUACGAUAAAUUUAUAUUAUGUUUAGAAUAUAUUGAGCAACUCUGAAAAGGACAGUAUGCUAAAAUAAAUGUUUAAUCAUUUAACUAAUUCAGCAGAUUCAAUAGAUGGAUAACUUAAUUCAUUAUUUAGAAGAAGUAUAAUUUCAUAAAUCAUAUAAGCUUAAAUUACCCUUACUAAUCUGAAUUAAUUGUAUUGGUUUUAAUUAAGAAAUAAUAUCUGGAUCAAUAAACCUAUCACUCGUCUUUGUGACUAUAAUUCUACCCAUAUACCUCCUGAUCAUUCUUAUUCUAUCCCUUGUUAUUAGUAUUUUGCUCUUAAUUAAAAUGAUGUUGAACCUUUGGAAGAUUAAACAUAAUAAAUUUUUAGAAAUCAUACAUUUUUAAUAAGUUCAAUUAUUUUAAGUAUGAUGGGACUUGAUGAUCCUUUUAUUCCUAACUAAUUUUAUUUUGUAUCUUCUAUUGACUUUUAUGAAUUCAGCUACGUCUACCCUUAAUAUAUAAAGUUGGAAAAUUUCCAUCCUUCAGAUAGAAUUUGGUUUCAAUAACAUUUCUAAAAUUUAAAAAAAGAUAAAAGCAAUAAUACUUAAUUAAGCGAUGUUUAUAAAUAUUUUGGAGAUGAACCUACUUAUUCAAUGACUAUGACGUAAUCAAUGUUAAAUUUAAAUUGGGAUGUUGAAGGAAUAUUUUGUUCUGACAUAAUUUUUUAGAAUAGCAUGAUUAGAGUUGAGACCAUUAACAUUAUGAUAGCUGAUCAAAAAGGACAAUUAUUAUUGACAAAUUAUAAAAAUAAAAUAGUAGCCAAUUCAUCCCAACUUAAACACUUUGCAGACUCAGAAAUAACUGGAUUUAAUUAAGAAGACUGGAAUUCUCUUAUUAAUUAUUACUAAAACAAUACUGUUUAGUCUACUUGCCAUUUAACUACUCAUAAUAUUUUAUGUAGAUAUAAUACAGUUUAUGAAAAAGAUGUCGUCAUAUUUAUUUAAAAGCUUAGAAAUAUUAAUUAUUAUUUGAUUCUCUUUUAUGAUUUGUAAAUUGAAAAUGAUAUUGCUAAAUAAAUGAAACAUUUAAAUUAAAUAUUGAAUAAAGAAAUUUAAUAGAUGGCAUUAAUUGUAAUAUUGAUUUCAAUAUUUUUAAUUUUUGUCUCUAUUAUUAUGAUUUAUUUAAUUUUUUUACCCAUUUAUUAAGUGAUUAAUUAAUCAUCUUUAUUUCUCAAAAAAAACAAGUAAUUUAAUAAAACUCAAUCAUUUGAUUUUAAAAAUUUAAUUUAAAAUAAAAUUUUAAAAAGAAGAGAUGAGCGAUAUACUAAUAGUAAUUUAUCUGAUAAAUUUAGGUAAUUCUUUAAUUUAAUUUAAAAUUCUAUUCGAUUCAUUGUUUGAUAGAGUUUUAUCAUAAACAAUGACAAUAAACCCAUAAUGUAAAAUACUUUAAUAAUUUAAAUACCCUCGAAAGAAUACACUUAAUAUUUUGAAAAUACAAAAACUGCUAAAGGAAGGUUUAAUUAAAGAUAAUUUCUAUGAAGAAAAUAAUAAGGAUAGAAAAACGAAAUUGAUUUUAAUGGAGAUCUUUUAGUUUUAAAAUUGA